AUGUUUUAGGCUUAUCGAGUUAUGUUUACUAAUUACCUUGUAACUACGAAAGUAAGAGGAAUUUUGACGAAAUAUUUCGUAUACGUAUUCUCAAUUGCCAUAUGAAGCUCCAUGAACUUUUUCAUGACUAUGCAUCUUUCGCCCUAUACCACCGUAUAUAGGGGUUCCGGCAUGGCCACCAAGAGAGAAGGCCUAGCGGAUUAAACGUCAUCAGGGUUUUCCCAAGCAAAGGUAGUCCGACUGACCUAGACCUACGGUCAGUCAGACUACCUGCUUUAGUACUGCUCUAAAUUCAGAAGGGGUCACACCGCUGAUUUUUUUCGAGUGAAUUACCAUCUUUUUUGCGUUAUUUGUAGACCAAAAGGGAUAUUGAUAGUGAACAUAAGUUUGCGAGUGUUUCUGCGACGAUGCCUUAUCAUUGUGUUGUCCCAAAUUGCAAGGGGAAUUACGAGACAGGGCCCAAGGUCAAAAUAUUUUCUUUCCCCAAGAAUGAAGAACUCGCAGCAAGAUGGAUACGAGCCAUAAAACGAGAAAGCUACACCCCGACCAAAUAUAGCAAACUUUGCAGUUUACAUUUCGUGCCAGAGGAUGUUAUAUGGGAAAAAUCCUGUUAUGACAAAAGUACUGGCACAACCUCAACUACAAAACUGAAAAUACCAUAACUUCGUGAAGGUGCCAUUCCAUCUCAGUUACCUAACUGUCCCUCGUAUCUGUCCGGGCCAUCGCAUCGAAGAGAAUCUCCAGAUUCGAAGAGAGCAAGGAAGGAGCAAUCAGCGAUGCAGGCUGCAAUAGCAGAGAGUGUUGCAGUAGACAUUUUGUAUACAAAUUCUAGGCUAUUCAGUUCUGUUGAUGAACUUGUUGGGAAGCUACAGUUUUUAGAUACUCAGUAUUGGACUUUGAUAAAAAAUAAUGAGGGACUUUCAAUUUGUCGUGUUGCGCAAUUCCCGUACCCAAAAAUAAUUUCAUCCCUAAUGAUAAAGAAUAACUGCGAAGUGCAAGCUUUCGUUCAAGACACUGAAGUAAAUUGAUUAGGGGACUUCAAGAUUCCCGUAGAAGUUCAUGAUACUAAUACACUUGAAAAGAUAUUGGAUAACUUAAGUAGAGCGGAUAGCUAUAAAAGAAGUUCAAAAACUUGCAACAGCAUUAGUGUUAUUCAGUUGGUGAUUUCAUUUUUAUCCAUUCUUUUAGAUGAACCAUCAUUCAAACAUUCUACCGUACUGAAAUUUGUUUGUGAACAACUGCAUUUAAUGACUCUUAAUAAGUUGGAUUAUUCAUCUGAGUUAGUGAUAUUUUCCUCUGUCUUCUAUAAUUGUUCUCCCCAGGGAUACAGGCUCUUGAGAGAUAAGAAAUUUCAUAUAUUACCUAGCUACUCCACUAUAAAAAGGGUGUUUGUUUCAAAAAAUUCAGUCCGGCCACGGAACAAGAUGAUACAAAUUUCUUGAUGUACAUCAAAAAUAAGUAUAAAUCAUUAUUGCCCAAUGACAAAGUAGUGAUCCUGAUGGUUGAUGAAAUUCAUCUUAAACCUAUUUUGAUUAUAAAGGGGGAAAUAUUGUUGGCUCAGCCUUUGAUAGCAGCGAGGCUGCAACAAGCGCAUUUGUUUUUAUGUUAAAUAGCGUACGGUCAAAAUUCAAGGACGUUGUGCACAUUAUUCCUACUAAGUGUAUGAAAGCCCAAACUUUGCAUAAUAUAUUGAAGAAAAUAAUCAUUGGAUUGGAAGACAUAGGCUUUACAGUAUUCUGUGUUGUGACCGAUAACAAUGCCAUUAAUGGAAAAGCUAUGUCAUUUUUUGCCCACCCACCAAAAUUAUCAAUUGUGUAUCAUCAUCCUAGUCAGAGUGGUAGGCCUCUCUUCUUUAUGUAUGAUUCCGUACAUUUGUUGAAAUGUAUAAGAAAUAACUGGGUAGCCCAAAAAGAUACGAACCAAACAAUGAAGUUUCCUCCCUUCUCCAUUGAAAAUAUCGUACAAACAACUUUACUAUGCACCUUUUAGUACUUUGAAGAAACUUCAAAAAGUAGAGGAUGGCUCACUUUUGAAACAUUCAUAUAAGCUCUCGUUAAAAGCAUUGUCUCCCUCAAGCUUUGAAAACCAAAAAGUUAAUUUAGUAUUACAGAUAUUUAAUGAAUAUGUGAUUCAGGCAUUGCUAACUGUGGGUAAAAAUCACUGCUUACCUUAUUUUGCACACGUCUCUGAAUAUAUAAAGAUUUUUUAUACUUGAUGGACAAUAAUGAAUGUAAAAAGUAUAUUUAAAGGAAAAAGACUGAAUCACGAAUAUGCCACCCCAAUGACUAAUAAUAGCGACGACGCAAAGUUUCAGUAUCUGAAAGAUUUUUAUGCUUGGCUGGAAAUUUGGGAUGAAACUAAAGAAUUCGGUGGGACAUUAACAAAAGAGACGUUCACAGCAUUGAAACAUACAACCAAUGCGAUGUUAGAGGUAACAAAGUACUGUCUGACUGAGUUUCAUAUGGAGUAUGUGUUGACAGGGAAAUUUCAAACUGACAAUCUCGAGUCUAGGUUUGGGCAAUAUCGACAGCUUGCAGGUGGCCACUACAAUAUUUCUGUACGGCAGGUGUUUGAAUGUGAAAAGAAGCUGAGGAUGAUGUCUGUUCUUAAACAAAAAUUACCAUUCCAUGACAGAGCAGUACAUGUAGCCAUUAAUGACGAAAUUAAUUGGAAUGAUUUAGAAACCACUCAUACUGUAAAAGGUACUCUGCGUGACAUAUCUUUGCAAGUAACACAGAACGAUAUUGACAAUUGCAAAGGGGUAUUUCCAAUAAUCACAUAUUUAGCAGGCUACUGUUGUUAUUCUGUUUACAAAAAAGGGAAAUGUAAUUCUUGCAAAGAAAUGAUCACUGGAGAGCAUGAUGAGGAGAUCUUUCCAAAAAAUCACAGAUAUCUUUCGGGAAUUAGUACGGGCUCUUUAUUAUAUCCUCAUGAUACGGCAGCAAAUAUUGUUAUGUAUUGUUAUAUAAUAAUCAAUAAAUUAACACAAAUACCUCAAUUCAGAACUUGUAAUGACCAGAGAAAUUUUGCCUCAGCACUCAUAUAUAAUAUUCUUGUAGACGAUGAGGCUCUGUUUCCAAAUGAAUUUUGCGACUCAGGACACAGCACUGAACAGAUAGAGAAAAUGAUGAUAUGGGCUUCUACAAAUGUAUUAAUGAAUAAUUAUUGUUGUCAGGAAAAUAACUCGAUUGUAGCAAGAAAAAACUUAACCAAAAAAAGAAAGUUGGAGACUGUUACGAAAAAAUAAUACUUCCAGCAUUUCAAAUAAUAAUUUAGAGAGUAAAUUAUCAUUAUUUUUUAUUUUUGUUUAUUCCAUAUUUAUAGCACCAAUUUAUGAUUAUGAUUAUGCUUUGUAAAGUCACUGCUUCUUUUUGUUUACUUACAUGUAUAUAACUUAUCUUGAUGUAAUAUUUUUUUUACUAGCAUUAUAAUUCUAUCAUC